GUGUUGACGCAAAGUGGUGAAGUUUGAGAAGUAAAGUUUUGAAGUUAUAAAAUGUAGUGUCUGAUUGUAUCUAUGCUCAUACCCGACUGAGUUACAUGCUUGUUAAUAUACGGUACGGAGUUCGCUGUGGUUGGUGUGGUAUAAUGGUGUGAACGAAGUGACAGUGAGAGAAAAAACUACAAGAUGCUGCCCACAAAUGUUAUGUCGUUUAUGAAGAAGAUGGUGACGACGGAGGACACGACAAAUACUGUUCCUGGACAGAUCGAGACGCCCGGUACCUUCGGCAAACUGAGGCAGACUCUGUCAUCAUCUUUACUCACAGCACAAGACAAAGUAACAAAGCUGGGUCCGAGGCCGGUGGUGGUGGAAGCUGAACCUCCUCCGGCCGCCCCAAUCGCGCAGCCGCCGCCGCCACAACCAGCUAAAACAGAACGUGAGGCAGGCAAGGCGCCGUCCCGCGCGGGCGCAUGCCGUGUGUGCCUCAAGGCGCUGAAGCCAGGCGAAGUAUUUCACACGUGCAACGGCUGCCAGCACCGCGUCUGCGAGGACUGCUCCUCCUAUUCCAAGCCGGCCAGCGACGACGAGGCGAGUUCAUGGCGGUGCUCGGUAUGCCGGCGCAAGGCGGGACCGCGCGUGCCUCCGGCGGCGCAGGAUAGUACGGACUCGCUGCUGGACGUGCCGGUGCUGGAGGCGCUGCAACGGCGCCACUCGGAGGCACGUCUAGGUAGCGGCGGCGCCUCCGCCGGCCUCGCCCCACCGCGCUCUCCUGAGCUACGCAGGCACUCUGAUGUCUCGCCGGCGUCCUUAAAAGAAUUAGAGAAGUUAAAGGGCGGCGGCGGAGGCGGCGGCAGCGUGACGCCGGAUGUGGAGUCACGGCGCGCCAGCACGGUGUCGCCCGCGCGCCGCCGCUCAGUGCGCGCGCCUCGCCAGCGCUCCUGCGACGAGGACCAGCCGCCGCCCGGCCACCACGCGCCCGCGCUCUCCGCGCCCCCGCCCAUGUCACGCAGAGCAUCUGCUGUGGACGUGGUGAGCGGCGCGGGCGGACGGCGCAGCUCGUACCGCGUGGAAGAGCCCGUCGACACCACGCCGCAGAUCACCGGCCUCAGCGUCGACGAAGACCGCCCCAUCCGAAGACGUGGCAGUCAAUUGCCCGAUAUUGCGGCCCUGCAGCAACGUACCGGCGCACUAAGUGCAAUGGCGGCGCUAGCGUCGCGCGGUGUGGAAGCCGAACCCACGCCCUCCGCAGCGGCGGUUGCGGCUGCUGCAGCUGCUGCGGCAGCCAGGCAGAUGUCCGUGGACGCAGAGGCUAUCAAGAUCGUCAUACACGACGUCGACGACCGCACGCCGCGACGCGUCACACUGCGUCGCGACCCCAACGAUAAAGGACACCGUUCUCGAGGGUUCGGCAUGCGCGUUGUUGGCGGCAAGCCGGACGCAAGCGGGCGCCGCGAGGCCAUCAUCGUGUGGACCGUUCCCGGCGGUCCCGCUGACCUCGCCGGCCUGCAACAGGGGGAUAAGGUACUGGAAUGGUGCGGCGUACCGCUGACGGACCGCAGCUUCGAGGAGGUGUGCGCUGUGCUGGAGCGCGGCGGCGACACCGUGGAGCUGCUGGUGGAGCCCGCACCACAGCUUGACGACCCGCCCGCGCCUGUACAGCAUCACGCCACGCACCACCAUCAUGCGCUUUACGAACCCGAAACAGACAAAACACCAUCGUCGCCAACCCGACGGAAAUUGCCGAAAACCCCGGAGCAGGAGCGCAGUGAGCGCGCGCGGGAGCGGGAGCGGGAGAGGCCGGCGCCUCGCGCGCAGCUGCAGGUUUGGUUCGAGGCAGAACUGCGCAAGCUGGUUGUGGUACUAAUCGCGGCCGACGACCUGCCGCCGCGAGACCACACGCUCGGCUACGGAGACGAGCCGGAGGCCUUCGCGAGAAUACGUCUCCUACCGUCAUUGGAGAGCUGCCCGCCGGUAGAGACGGACCCGGCAUCGGCGUCAUGCAGUCCCGUGUGGAACGCCACGCUAGGUUUCGGUGGCCUCAGUGCAGACCUGCUGGCCGGCCGCGCGCUUGAGCUCACUCUGUGGGACGCCUGUCCCGGCAUCGACCCCGUCCUCAUCGGAGAAUGCACCAUGGAGAUAGAAAAAGCGUUCGCGGAGGAGCGCGCGGUGUGGUGGACGCUGGAAGAGCGCGGCACCCGGUCGGCCAGCGCCUCACCGCGCGGCUCGCUCGCCGGCGCGCGCGCCCUGCGCCGUGGGGACUUCGCCUCGCAGCGAUCUGUAUCAGAUGACGUGGACUCUAUCGGGGAAUGCGCUUCGCUGCUGCACCCGGACCACGCGUGGGUGGCGGGCUCGCGGCGCGGCUCCUCGCAAUCGGAGACCCUCGAAGUGGAGGUGUACCAGCUCGGAAAGGACUUCUCGCGCUCCCUGCCGGGCUCUAGGCGCUCCUCCUUCCAGCAACAGGAUAAAGGUGCAGAAGGCACAGUGGCGCCGUGUGGGUCGCGGCGCAGUGAGCGGCGGCGUUCGUCAUGCGUGCGUCGCGACCCCGACGACAUCCUACGGUCGCUGCGCGCGGUCAAGGGCGAGCUCGGCCGAACACUCUCGCUCUCGGGAUCCACCGCCAGGCGCACGGCGACGGGGCGCAAGGGCAGCAUGUGGGCGGCGGUGCCGGCGGCGGCCGAGGCUGCGGCGGCCGAGCUCGGGGACGACGAAGAGGGCGUGCCGCUGGGGCCGGGCCAACUGCCACCACGCGGCUCACACUUGCCGCCGCUACACGCCGAGAUCAACAUCAGCAUCAUCAUGAUCAAAGGCCAACUCGAGCUCGAGGUCUCCCACGCCCGUCGAGUGUACGGCGUAAAUGGCGAGGUGCCGGACUCGUACGUCAAGUGCUACCUGCGCGACGGUGACAAGUGGUUGCACAAGCGCAAAACGCGCGUCAUCCGCCGCACCACCGAGCCGCACUUCAAGCAGACGCUCAAGUAUCAGGCGAGCGACGCACUCGGACGUACGCUGGUGGUGAUGCUGUGGCAGCGCUGCGGCGGCUUCGAGCACAACCUGGCGCUAGGCGGCGCCGAGAUCUGUCUCGACAAGCUAAGCCUGCCGCAGCGCACCUACGGCUGGUAUCCACUCUUCCCCGCCACCUCGCUCGCCGCUGACGAGUCGCCCGACUGAUCCCGCGAGCCGUCGCCGGAGCGACGACACCUGGCCGACUAGCCGACUAGUUGACAAACUAACUAGCCGACUAGCGCCAAGGUUGACGAACUAGCUGACUAGCUAAUUAGAGUGCUCCCGACGGCCAACUCCACGAUCGUGUCGAGAACCAUGCUGCCCAUUGCAUUGACGAGAUCCCAAAACGCUUGUUGUGAGAACAAUCCUCAAUGGACAAAUAUGUUAUAUUCGUAUUUGUAAACGUGUAAUAGUUUACAUUAAUUUUACAUUAAAAUCAAAGCGUUCGUAUAUUAUAAAGGAGCUUAUAGAUUGCUUUUGUUGUCAACCCAAAUUUUAGCCGCGACAUC